GGGUUUUCUGAUGACAGAUUAAAGAAAUCCAAUGAACUUUUGCAAGGUAUCAAAUUAUUAAAACUCUAUGGCUGGGAAGACAUAUAUUGCAAAGCUAUUGAGACUGCUCGUUCCAAGGAAGUACGUCAAAUGUUGAAAGCUGGCAUGUACAUGGUGGCCACAAUGCUCAUCACACAAGCCACUCCUAUUAUUGUCACACUUGUGUCUUUCGGCGUGUACUCGAUUGUAAGUCCAACCCCGCUGACACCAGAGAUUGCGUUCUCGUCAUUAGCGUUGUUCAACCAGAUGAUGAUUCCAUUGUUUUUACUUCCAAUGAUAAUUGGACAGACUGUCAAUGCGUAUGUCAGCACCAACAGACUGCAGAAUUUCUUUAUUGCUCCUGAGAUUGAAGACAUUGAGGAUGGUAGAGUACCGUUAACUAAAGGAUCUAGUGCUGAUUAUCGCCAACUUGACAAUGACAAUGAAAAUAUUGAACCAUCUGAUAAUAUGGCUUUGUACAAAAACAGUGAGAAUUCUGCAUUACAUCAUUAUGUAGAAGACAAUGAUAAAACCAAACUACUCGAUGAUGGACAUCCUGCUGCAUAUGGAGCAUUAGGAAAAACUCCUGCAUUAGCUGAUAACAUGGUGAAUGACCUACCUGACGAUCUUGCAAUAAAGAUUACUAAUGGUAACUUUGCAUGGGACGUAGCCAACCAGAAUCCUACUAUAUCUGGUAUUGAUUUAGAAGUACAACGAGGAAAGCUGACUAUGGUGAUUGGGUUAGUGGGUAGUGGGAAGUCUUCAUUGCUGUCUUCUAUGCUUGGUGAAAUGACAACCUUAUCUGGUAGAGUACAGUACAAUAGGAGUCAUAGUAAGGUAUCAUAUGGUGCACAGAAAGCUUGGCUCAUGAACGCAUCUCUGAGGGACAAUAUAUUAUUUGGAGAGGAUUACGACCAUUUAAGGUACCAAGCUGUAGUGAAGGCAUGUGCAUUACAACCCGACAUUGAUAUUUUACCUGCCGGUGAUUACACAGAGAUUGGUGAGAAAGGUAUCAACCUCAGUGGAGGACAGAAACAACGAGUCAGCGUUGCCAGGUGUAUUUAUAGCCAUUCAGAUAUUGUCAUUUUGGAUGAUCCGUUGUCAGCGUUAGAUGUUCAUGUGGGACGUCAACUCUUCAUGGAAGGUGAAGCUGAUGGAAAACUAAUUGAGAAAGAAGAAAGAGAGAGAGGUUCUGUCUCCUGGAAGGUUUACAUGGUGUAUGCCAGAGCCAUGAGAAUCCCUAUUGUGUGUUUAUUGGUAUCUCUCUUGCUUGCACAAGUUGGUGCUUCGGUUGCUACUAAUUUUUGGCUCUCAGAAUGGUCCGAAGCUGGAGCAAAUGUGACUGCAAAUCGCACUGAGUUGAUCUACUACAUCAGUGGUUACGGUGGACUAGCAGGUCUGACUAUCCUUCUAGCAUUGGUGUAUGGAUUGUGCAAUGUAAUAUUCGCGCUGAUGGCCGCUAAACGUCUCCAUCUUAAGUUGCUUCAUAAUGUGAUCCAUGUACCAAUGAGAUUCUAUGAUACAACGCCUAUUGGUCGUAUUUUGAACCGAUUUUCAAAUGAUACUCAAUUGAUUGAUCAGAGACUGUGGCAGACAUUUAAUGCUUUAAUGCGUUCAUCACUGAAUGUAUUAUCGGCACUGGUAGUCAACACUAUUGUCAUACCAAUCUUUAUAGUUAUCGUCACACCCGUUAUGAUUGGUUACUAUUUCUUACAAAGGUUCUUUAUCGCCACUUCCAGAGAACUUCAACGUCUUGACAGCAUCAGUAAAUCUCCAGUAUUUGCGCAUUUCUCUGAAACCUUAGGCGGAUUGUCAACAAUAAGAGCAUUCAGGGAUGAAAAGCGUUUCCGAAAGCAGAUUGUAGAUCGGAUUGAUAGAAAUAACAUCGCGUAUAUAUAUUUACAGACAGCCAACCGAUGGCUGGGGAUAAGACUGGAUUCUAUUGGAGCUUCAAUAGUAUUGAUUGCUGGUGUUGCAUGUAUGGCUUCUGCUUCACUAGGAGCUUUGGAACCAAGUUAUGUUGGAUUGUCUAUUACCUAUGCCUUACAGGUGUCUGGAUAUUUGAAUUGGGUUGUACGUAAUAGUGCUGAUGCUGAAAUGCAGAUGAACGCUAUUGAAAGAGUAGAUUAUUACAGUAAUAUACCAACUGAACAGUAUGAAGGUGUAUACAAACCACCCAAAGACUGGCCUAAAAAUGGUGAUAUAUCAAUUGAACACAUAUCAGUGAGGUAUGCUGAAGACCUAGAUCCAGUCUUACAUAAUGUCUCGGUUCACUUCAAACCAGGAGAAAAGGUUGGUAUAUGUGGUCGUACAGGAAGUGGAAAAUCUUCACUUACGCUGGCACUAUUUAGAGUCAUUGACAUGUUUCAAGGUCGUAUAUUGAUUGACAAUGUUGAUAUAUCACAUGUGCCUCUGAUUACCUUGAGGAAUAGAAUUGCUAUUAUACCACAAGAUCCAAUCCUAUUUGCUGGCACUAUCAGACAUAAUCUGGAUCCAGAAGAUACUAGAACAGAUGAUGAAUUGUGGGAAGCUUUAGAGAUUGCUCAGAUGAAGAAAGUGGUUUCAGAGUUGGACAACACUCUGG